UAGCGAUCACGUGACCGUUGUAGCUGCGUAGCCGUCAAGAUUAUUAUGACAGAGGCAUCAAAGCUCCCGAUCUUGUGAACGUCGUGAGUGAACUGGACCGGCGUGCACCGAACAUCGUUGCCGCGAGUCUCGUACGAGAAUCGUUCUCACACCCUUGAUGUACACGCAGACGAUCAAGAUGCCGGUCCAAAAGGAUUCAAAUAUCGUGAAAAUCGCCGUUCAGAUGACCGAGCAAGUGCCUCAGCUCAUUGAAUUUAAUCAGAAGCAACCGCUGACUGGGAUUAUUCAGGAGUUGUGCAAUGGAUGGGGUUUGUCCGAGGCAGAAUCAUACUCGUUGCAAUUCUCAGAUAGUAACAAUCAGAAUUAUAUCACAGAGAAAAACAGAAAUGAAGUGAAGAAUGGCAGUAUUCUGAGAUUGGAAUUUUCACCGUCAAAAACAGCGAAUGAUAUAUUGACUAAGCUUAAUAACGGGGCAAUGGAGGAGAAAGUGGUAGCUCUGCAAAAACUUAGCAAGCUUAGCAUAGACAUGACAUUUGCUUUAGAAUUUAUAAACAAGAAAGGAUUGGCAUUAAUCAUUUCACAAGUGGAAGGUGGAAAAUACAAAGGAAGUGCACUUGCAUAUUCCCUUCAGUCGUUUGUGGAAUUGAUGGACCAUGGAAUUGUAUCGUGGGAUAUAUUGGAAACGCCAUUCAUCAAUAAAGUAGCGAGUUAUGUGAACAAUCAAUCGGUAACUCAGGACACCAGUAUAAUAGAAGCUUCUCUAAGUAUUUUAGAAAACAUAGUCCUGAACUCGACGGGGAAAUACGGACAAGUGGAGAAGGAAGUGACUUUUCCUAAUCUUGUGAUGUACCUGCAGUGCAUGAAUGCUCAAAUUCAACAGAACACGGUGGCACUUAUAAACGCCCUGUUUUUGAAGGCUGACCUGUACAAAAGGCGUGCCGUUGCCGCCACGUUGCAGUCGAAACAAGUCAGAAACGUAUUCUUGACGAACAUCAUACAGUCUACUGGACAGGUCGGCGCAGAAAUGGCGCAUCAGUUGUAUGUGCUGCAGACGUUGAUGUUGAGUUUGCUGGAGCAACGGAUGAUGACGAAGAUGGACCCGCAGGAUCAGGACGCGCACGACAAAAUCAAGGAACUUCGAAGGAUCGCUUUCGACACGGAGGGUGCAACUAGCGGAGACAUUACCGCGCGUAAACAAGGAUUGUUUGCCAAGGAUUACAAAAAGUUAGGAUUCAAAUUCGACAUUAAUCCCGCUCUUGACUUUACCGAGACACCACCGGGUAUGCUCGCGCUCGACUGUAUGGUAUACUUUGCGCGUAAUCACACGGAGGGCUAUACGAAAGUCGUUCUGGAGAACUCGUGUCGAGCGGACGAGCACGAGUGUCCUUUUGGCAGGACGAGCGUAGAACUUGUUAAAUUACUUUGCGAGGUGUUGCGUAUUGGCGAAGCACCCAGCGAACAAGGCCAAUCGUAUCAUCCGAUGUUCUUUACGCACGAUCAUCCUUUCGAGGAAUUCUACUGCGUGUGCAUAGUUUUGCUGAAUAAGACAUGGAAGGAGAUGCGAGCUACCACGGAGGAUUUCGUUAAAGUCUUCUCCGUUGUGCGCGAGCAAAUCACUAGGGCACUUCAGUGCAAGCCCACUGGAUUGGAUAAGUUCAAGAGUAAGUUGCAACAGCUGACUUAUUCGACGAUCACUAAUCUUUGGCAGCAGGAAAGGACAAGUAGGGAAGAAUGGGAGAGCCAUGCGAGGCCGAUCGUUGAGCUCAGAGAGCAGAUCACUCCGGAAAUCUCAGAGUUAAUUCAGCAACAGCGAUUAGGCUUUCUAGUUCAGGGCACCAGAUUCAUGAAGUACAGUGCCAGAGGACAAAGAAUCAAAGAUAAGUUCUGGUACGUUCGCUUAUCGCCAAAUCACAAAGUGUUCCAUUACGGAGACUGCGACGAGAAAUCUGUGCCAACCAUCGACGAUCUUCCUACGAAAUUGGCGGUAGUCGAGAUUCGACAGCUGAUAAUCGGCAGGGACUGUCCGCACAUGAAGGACCUGCAAAGACGGAAAACUACUCACCAAUUGGCGUUCUCCUUGGCCUUGGAUUCCGUCGAAGUUUCUAGUCUCGAUUUCGUCGCGCCGGACGAGCAGGUCUUUGAUUAUUGGACCGAUGGUAUCAACGCCUUACUCGGAAACCCAAUGCUGAGUAAAGAGGCACAAAAUGACCUGGAGACUCUUUUAUCGAUGGAUAUUAAGCUGAGACUUCUAGACGCCGAAGGAAUCGACAUUCCGCAGGAUCCACCCGCUAUACCUGAGCCUCCGCCAAACUAUGACUUUUGCUAUGAAUUGAAGUAAAGGUUAUAUAUCUCGUGUUCGCUUAUUCCUGGCGACGAGUCGCAUCGCUACGUAUCGAUUGAUUUUGUUUGAUACCAGGCAGUUUCUUCAGAUCGUUCUUCUCCCUGCAGAAGUGAAUUAGUAUAUUCACGAAACGUCGGAAAUAAAUCGAUAAUGAACGCCGCACUAACCCGGAAGCCGAAUCAAGUAUUUCUCCGCACUGUGGAAGCUUAAAAUGAUUGAUUUUAUAGGCUUGUAGCCACGAACUUUGUGUGUGUGUGUGUAUAUUUAUAUUUUUUAUAAUUUUUUGCGAUCUCGCCCGCGCAUUUGUGUUACAACUGUAAUACGACUCCAGAUUUUUUAAGCCGUAACUUUCUCUGUCGCAUAUUUUAAUCGUACGGGAAAUAGCAGUACGUCGUACCAAAGAAAUCUUCUAAACUUUAUAUACUCAAGUUUAUACAUGUGUGCUUUUUUAGAAAAUAUUUAUAUCUUCCGAACGGAAUAUCGUGUGUAAAAAUGCUACUGUAAUCAUGUUGAUGAUGUUUUUACUAUAUUUUAAUGGACUUUAAGAAGGCCAGAUAAUACCAUCGGCCCAUAUGACGAUAUAUUAAUAUUUUAUGUAGUAUUAUCUUUUAUCUUCACUCAGCUGUACUCUAUCAGUAUUUUAUACUAACCCGUGUGACGAACGACGAUGAUAAUGCGAUUAAUAAAUCGUAAACAAUCGUUUAGUUUUACAAAGUAUUUAUUGAAACUUCAACUUAUAUAAAACUCUUCGCUACGUCUCUGCGAGUUUGUGCCCUGGCAGCGAAAUGUCGCACGAUGUAAAUUACGAGAGACGAGAAUCUCUCAUAAGAGUGGCAAUAACAUGUCUUAUGUGCAAAUAUACAUACAUACAUAUA